GAGGAUGGAUUCUCUACUUUGAUAAGGAGGAGAUGGUGAAAGAUCUCUCUCGGCCCUGUCGAGAGGAAGUUUGACUAAAUUUACCCAUAAAGGAUAAUUUUAGAGGGCUUGAUGAUUCUAGCUUUAGACACCUCAAAGUUGCAACUAAUAUUGAGCAUUGCCUUGAGAAAGAGCUAGUUGAUAAAGAUGGAUUCGUGAACACAAAAACACGAAACAAAUAGCUGUUGAAUGAAACGCUCUGUACGUCUUGUGAGGGAUCCCAAAGAUAACACACUAAACACAUCACGUGGUAUGAUAAUGGUGGUAGGAGCUUUAGCAAUCUCUGAUUUGGUGGUGAUAAUGACCAUUGUCUUGAACGUGAAGUAGCUAUUGUUCGCCACCAUAGACCAAAGUACGCCAAUGGAGGGAGUGGGAUCUGCAAGUCAGCAAACAAAUACUCCAUCGCCCGAGCAGAUUGAACAUCAUGUGUAGAGAAACCAAGGUUCUCGAAGCUGGCGAGAUCUGAACUACAACUACCAGAUCUGAUGCCUGGCUCACACCAUAGCAAAGCAGAGCUGGUAAUUCCCUUAGGGAAAUGAUUCAUCGGACAAGGAGCCGAAGAUGAUGGUAAAAGCCGGUGAGAGUUUAGGUCCGUACAUUGGAAGGACCUUAAACAAGAAAAGCAAGCAAUAGCAAUCGACAGUUUCACAUAAGCAGAGAGGUCACUAGAUGAAGUAAUCAAGCACCUCCACAGAGGAACAAACACAAACCUCGUCCAUACAAGUUGAGGAAAGGCGCCUGAGUAAAUUUCAUCACGGCUUUCACCCGAGAAGUAGUUAUCAGCCAUAGCUAGAAAGGCGAUGGGAGUCGCCGAGCAGAAUACCAACAACCACAAAGAUAGCAUCACAGAGAGCAACUAUGGUUAUGUUUCCGUCUCAGAUGAGAUCUCCACCCAACAAGCAACAACAUAUUUAAAAAAGGACAAAAGAGGCACAAAAGAUGUGAGAAGAAUAGAGAGACUAACAGGAAGAAGAAGAAAAUGGAAGGGAGGACCGGGCGCCAGCGAGAUCCCGCCUUACCGGCGCCGGAGAAGGUGAAGUUUGCUUCGUGUAUCGUGCCUUUUGAGAGUGGCUAGGGCUUUCAACCUUCUUGAAAAUUAUAAGUUUAACAUAUUACAUCUCAUUUUAAUUAUUUUUAAGACUUCAUAUGUACAAAAGAAAAAUUUAGUUUUGCGGCUGAUACAAAUUAUCAAAACCAAAUAGGCAACAUCGAUUGUAUAAUGACGGAAGAAUAUUAGGUUUUCUGCUCUCGAUUUGUUUACUAUUGACUCUCCAUAAGACCAUAAGUGAUUUCAUUUUCUACUUCUAUAGAAUUGUGUUUUCGUUCUCGUCUUUCUUUCAUUGAUAUGAGUUAAGUUUCUUUUUUUAACUUAUUUUAUGAAUUUAGUGAAUUACAUAAGUGUCAGUUAAAAAAAAAUGGACAUCUGUAAAAAUUAAUUUCACUUCAUAUAGAAUAGUUAAUGAGGUUGUUUAAUUUAUUUUAAUAAGUUAAAAUUUAAAAAAAUGAUAGAGGAUAAACUAAUUUUUAACAAAUUUUUAUUAUUCAAAAUCAUUAAUUGUCAUAUAUACUUUAGCCACAUUAGGUAAUUCCGUGAUUUUUAUUUAAGGAAACAAUGAAUAACAUUUAUGAUUAAUUUAUGGUUAGUUAUAUAAAAAACUUAUUAUAUAUUUAUAUGGACCAACAUAUUUUUCUAAGGAUUCUAAAAAUGAUUGUGGUGAUGACGUGUGGCUACAAAAAAAUAUUAUUAUGCUUCUCUUUUAAUAUAUAGAAGAUGUGAUAUGUAUAUGUCGCUGUCUUACAAAGUAUUAAAAACACGAGUAUUUCACAUCACAUAGUAUCCCAAGACGAUUUUUUUUUUUAAAGCAAGAGAUAUUUAUUGGAUAAUUUUUUGUUAUAAGUGAAAGACCAUCUCUAAUGGUUUACUUUAAAAUUUUUAAUCUCAAAAUAAAUUUGUGAUUUGGUCGAAUAAUUUCUCUCAGAUUUUCUUCAGUUAUCAAUGUACUAAUUUCCACUUUUUAUUUAUCACUAAUAACACCCUAUAUUUGAUAUGAUUUAAAACUAUAUUCAUUUAUUUAAAUAUUUAAAAUUUUACCUAACAUAUGACGUUAUUAAAAUAACCAUUUAUUACGUUAAUUAAAUUAAAUAUUCACAAACAAAAAACAAUAUAGUUUUAUUCAAACAACACUAUUACUAGUUUUUACAGAUAAUUAAUCAAAGUAUGUAUGUGUUUUUUCUAAUUUUGUAUUAUUCAUGUGUUUCUAAUGUUACUAUUUUAUUGUUCUAUUUUUAUUUGUUAUAUUUAACAAUUGAAUUAUAAAUUGAUCCUUAACUAUUUAAUCAAUUUUUAUUGAUAAUUAUAUUUGCAUAAGUAAUAACAAUCAAAACCGUAGGUGAGUAUUCAAAUAAAGGAGAGCAUCUUGCGCCAUGUCAAGGCGGAGGCUGCGGAUUCGAGCCCGUCAUUCCCAACUCGAAGAAGAUUUGAAGUUUGUUCAUAGGGGUCUCCAGUCAUGCGGAAAGCCGCACAAUAGCAACAGGCACGCUGUUCUAGUCUUUGCAGCCACUUGCGCUAGAAUUUUUAAAGAGCUUAAUCAGCAUAUAAAUAUCAGAUAAUAAGCUAAAACACUUUUUGUGGAAAAUGAUGUCGAAGGCUCUUGCAACAGGGUCAAACCUACUAAGAAGACAUGUUGUUAGAGAUGGUCAAUGCAGGAGAUGUUGUUUGGAAGUGGAAACAGAGAAACAUAUUUUCUUUGAUUGUCCUUAUGGCCAACAAAUUUGGAGGAGAUCAGGUAUAUCGAACAACAUCAUUAAUAAUCUGAAUGCUACUUUUGAAGAGAAGAUAAACGCAUGUCUACAAUACUCAACUUCAACAAGGCUUACACACUAUCUGAAUCUCCCGAUUUGGAUACUUUGGAGGAUUUGGAAAAGUAGGAAUCUCCUUAUAUUUCAGCAUAGAGGAAUCUACUGGGAAAGUAUUAUACAACAAGCUCAACAAGACGCUCGAGAAUGGAGAAAAUAUGGUAUUGAAGAUACAAAUAUCAAUAUCACUAAUGAUCGAAGGCGCUCAACAAAUAUCUGGAAAACCCCUUCUCAAGACUGGCUAAAGUGUAACGUGGAUGGCACUUUUUCAAACCAAAGAAAUAUGAGCUCAGCUGGAUGGGUCAUCAGAGAUGAAAAUGGGACUUUCAUAGGGGCGGGACAGGCCUUGGGUAAUCAAGCUUAUAAUGCGUUGGAAAGUGAAAUGCAAGCUCUUAUCAUGGCUAUGCAAUAUUGUUGGAGUCAUGGAUAUAGGAAGAUACAGUUUGAGAGUGACUACAGGAAGUUGAUUGCUCUGCUCAAUAAUGAAGACUUACAUUUUGCUGGAUAUAACUGGAUACGUGAUAUCAAUUGGUGGAAGCAACAAUUUGAAGCAACAUCGUUCACAUGGAUUGGAAGAGAUGGUAACCAAGUAGCUGACUGUCUUGCAAAACAAGGACUUAAUAAUAAUAAUAGGCUGUUUGUAUCUCAUUUCUACGUACCUAACUUUAUUACUCACUUGUUGCACCAUGAUCAUAUUCGAUCACAAAAUUAAUAUAUGAAGUUUCGAGUAAAAAAAAAAAAAUAUCAGAUAAUAAAAGUUU